GUUCAUUUCACUAGCUAACGGCAGACGGUCUCGGGCAGUAACGACACCAGCGGACGCGUAAGGGACAUAAAACAUCAUGCGCUUGUCGUAACCACACACUGGCAAUGCCACGCGUGUAACUCCAAAUGGAAACGGGGAAAAAUGCGUUAAAACUCCACUUCUGUUCAUCCUGUGGUGAUCUGGACACUGUUAAAGCAUCAAUGGCAUGUCUGCGCUGCGGACUUCUGUGAGGAGAGGGCGGUUAACGUUGGACAAGUGUCAAUUAUGUCUCCUGGACUGUUUCUGCGGCUGUCUUUGCUGCUCUUCUGUCGGGACGUGUUCAGACACGAACUCCCGGGGGUUCAGGCAGCCUCUGCGCCCAGUGCAGAUAAAACUUUGAUAUGGGGACCUGGACUGGAGGCGAGCAUUGUGCUUCCAGCUCGAUUUUUCUACAUACAGGCUGUGGACAGCUCAGGGAAAAAUUUAACAGCGUCGCCCGGAGAGAAGACGUUCGAAGUGAAGAUCGUGUCUCCAGUGGAGCAGUUCACCAGGAUUUGGAUUCAGGUCCUGGACAGACAGGAUGGGUCGUUCCUGGUUCGCUACAGGAUGUACGCCACCUAUACAGAGCUCCACGUCCACGUUCUGCUCAAAAACAAGCACGUUGCAAAGUCACCGUUCAUUCUUAAAGGUCCAGUUUAUCAUGAAGGCUGCGACUGUCCUCAACCAAGUGGUUCUGUGUGGGAGGCCCACAUGCACUGUCCUCCGUCCUUCCCCCAGAUAGAGAGGGACCUGUCCCUUUACAGCAGUGUCGACCCAGAUCGCAAUGCACAGGAGAUCCCACAGCGCUUUGGACAGCGGCAGAGCCUCUGCCACUACACUGUGAAAGACAAUAAGGUCUAUGUGAAAACAUUUGGAGAACAUGUUGGGUUCAGGAUCUUCAUGGAUGCCAUCCUCUUGUCACUCACCAGGAAGGUGCAGCUCCCUGAUACGGAGUUUUUCGUUAAUCUGGGCGACUGGCCGUUGGAGAAGAGAAAACCCUCAGAGAAGAUUCACCCCAUCUUUUCCUGGUGUGGCUCUAACAACACCAGAGAUAUCGUCAUGCCCACUUAUGACCUGACCGAGUCUGUCCUCGAGACCAUGGGAAGGGUGAGCCUGGACAUGAUGUCGGUUCAGGCCAACACGGGGCCGGCGUGGCCGGAGAAGAACGCCACGGCUUUCUGGAGGGGCCGGGACAGUCGUCAGGAGCGUCUGGAGCUGGUCAAGCUCUCCAGGGCUCACCCCGACCUAAUAGACGCUGCUUUCACCAACUUCUUCUUCUUCAAACAUGACGAGAGCCUCUACGGGCCGCUGGUCAAACACGUCUCCUUCUUUGACUUUUUCAAGUACAAGUACCAAAUAAACAUCGACGGCACCGUAGCAGCGUAUCGACUGCCUUACCUGUUGGCAGGAGACAGUGUGGUAAUGAAGCAGGAUUCUGGCUACUACGAGCACUUCUACAAUGAGCUUCGGCCGUGGGAACACUACAUCCCUAUAAGGGCGGACCUGGGAGACCUGCUGGAAAAGAUCCAGUGGGCUCGUGAUCAUGAUGAAGAGGCAAAGAAAAUUGCCUUUGCAGGUCAGCAGUUUGCCCGCAAUCAUCUUAUGGGAGACAAGAUAUUUUGUUACUACUACAAACUUUACGAGGAGUAUGCCAAACUCCAGGUCACGGAGCCUAAGGUUCGUGAGGGCAUGGAGCUUGUACCACAGCCAACUGAUGACCUGUUUCCAUGCUCCUGUCACAGGACCAGGGAAAAGGAUGAACUCUGAAGGGUCGUCAUUCAUAACUGAUGUAUUGCCAAAUAAUUUUUCAAAGUGUGAAUUUAUUGUAUGACUGGUGAAUAUCUUUUUUAAUAAAUAAUUCUGUUUUUAUGUUAAAA